CGCUGGCUCUUGCCUGGGGUUCUCAGGAGGGGAGAGUUGAGAGAGGCUUUGCUGCUGACGAAAUUUAUUUGAUAAAUUGAAGGUUUGAAAGAGAGCUACAGAAACGACAGGAAAAACCCGUAACAGCCAAUGGUGUUCGGGAAGAAAAUAACCCCAUUGCCUUGAGUUUGUAGGUGCCACUACUACUCUGGGAAAAUGGCAGAUGACGAAGAAUAUGAGGAAGUGGUGGAGUACUACACGGAGGAGACGAUUUAUGAAGAGGUGCCAGGAGAGACAAUAACAGAAAUCUAUGAAACUACGACAACAAGGACAACAUCUGACUAUGAGCAACCAGAAACUUACAAACCAGCAUUGGCACAGCCAGUACUGGAAAAGCCAGUGGAGAGGAAGAAGGUCAUUCGGAAAAAAGUGGACUCUUCAAAGUUCAUGACCCCCUACAUUGAACACAGUCAGAAAAUGCAGAAUAUUUUUAGCCCUAAUAAAUACAAGGAGAAGUUUGAGAAAGCAAAAGGAAAGCCAUACGCCAGCACAACCGAUACCCCAGAACUUCGCAGAAUUAAGAAAGUACAAGAUCAACUCAGUGAGGUGAAGUAUCGAAUGGAUGGCGAUGUUGCUAAAACUAUCUGUCACGUAGAUGAAAAAGCAAAGGAUAUUGAACAUGCAAAGAAAGUGUCACAGCAAGUCAGCAAGGUUUUGUACAAGCAGAACUGGGAAGACACCAAGGAUAAGUACCUGCUUCCUCCUGAUGCCCCUGAGCUUGUCCAAGCCAUUAAGAACACAGCCAUGUUCAGUAAGAAACUGUACACUGAAGACUGGGAUGCAGACAAAAGUUUGUUUUACCCAUAUCACGAUAGCCCGGAACUGAGGAGGGUUGCCCAAGCUCAGAAAGCUCUCAGCGAUAUUGCCUACAAAAAGGGUUCUGCUGAACAGCAUGCUCAGUUCACCACUCUGCCGGAUCCUCCAGAGAUAGAAUUUGCCAAGAAAGUAUCCAAUCAAGUGAGCAAAAAAAAAUACAAAGAAGACUAUGAAAAGAAAAUCAAAGGCAAAUGGAGUGAGACGCCUUGCUUUGAAAUUGCAAAUGCCAGAAUGAACGCUAAUAACAUCAGCACAAGGAAAUACCAGGAAGAUUUCGAGAACAUGAAAGACCAGAUCUACUUCAUGCAGACUGAAACACCAGAGUAUAAAGUGAAUAAACAAGCUGGGGUGGCAGCUAGCAAGGUAAAAUACAAAGAAGACUAUGAAAAGAAUAAAGGGAAAGCAGAUUAUAAUGUACUUCCUGCAUCCGAGAACCCACUGCUCAGGCAGCUGAAGGCAGCAGGAGAUGCCCUGAGUGAUAAACUGUACAAGGAAAACUAUGAAAAGACAAAGGCAAAGAGCGUAAAUUACUGUGAAACCCCCAAAUUUAAGCUUGAUACGGUUCUGCAGAACUUCAGUAGUGAUACUAAAUAUAAAGAUUCCUACUUAAAGAAUAUUUUGGGACAUUAUGUAGGCAGCUUUGAGGAUCCAUAUCAUACACACUGCAUGAAAGUCGCAGCUGAAAACAGUGAUAAAAACUACAAAGCAGAAUAUGAAGAAGACAGAGGCAAAGGCUUCUUCCCCCAGACCAUAACUCAAGAAUAUGAAGCAAUCAAGAAACUAAAUCAGUGUAAAGAUCACACCUACAAAGUCCAUCCGGAAAAGACAAAAUUCACUCAAGUUACCGACUCUCCUGUUCUGUUGCAAGCCCAAGUCAAUUCCAAACAACUGAGCGAUCUAAAUUACAAAGCAAAACAUGAAAGUGAAAAGUUCAAGUGCCAUAUACCCCCUGAUACUCCUGCCUUUAUCCAGCACAAAGUCAAUGCCUACAACCUGAGUGAUAAUGCUUAUAAGCAAGACUGGGAGAAGAGCAAAGCUAAGAAGUUUAACAUCAAAGUGGACGCCAUUCCCCUGCUGGCAGCCAAAGCCAACAGCAAGAACACUAGUGACGUGAUAUACAAGAAAGACUAUGAAAAGAGCAAAGGGAAAAUGAUUGGAGCCCUCAGCAUUAAUGACGAUCCCAAGAUGCUGCACUCCUUGAAGACGGCCAAAAACCAGAGUGACAGAUUAUAUAAAGAAAACUAUGAAAAGACAAAGGCAAAAAGCAUGAAUUACUGCGAGACCCCUAAAUAUCAACUUGAUACUCAGCUGAAGAACUUCAGCGAGGCUAAAUAUAAAGACUUAUAUGUAAAGAACAUCUUGGGACAUUAUGUAGGCAGCUUUGAGGACCCAUAUCAUACACACUGCAUGAAAGUCACAGCUCAAAACAGUGACAAAAGUUACAAAGCAGAAUAUGAAGAAGAUAAAGGGAAAUGCUAUUUCCCUCAGACAAUAACGCAAGAAUAUGAAGCAAUCAAGAAGCUAGACCAGUGUAAAGAUCAUACCUACAAAGUUCAUCCAGAUAAGACCAAAUUCACAGCAGUUACUGAUACUCCUGUACUAUUGCAAGCCCAGCUCAACACAAAACACCUUAGUGAUUUGAAUUACAAAGCAAAACAUGAAGGUGAGAAGUUCAAGUGCAAUGUACCAGCAGAUGCUCCACAGUUUAUCCAACACAGAGUCAAUGCCUAUAAUCUGAGUGAUAAUGCUUAUAAGCAAGAUUGGGAGAAGAGCAAAGCUAAGAAGUUUAACAUCAAAGUGGACGCCAUUCCUCUGCUGGCAGCCAAAGCCAACAGCAAGAACACUAGUGAUGUGAUGUACAAGAAAGACUAUGAAAAGAGCAAAGGGAAAAUGAUUGGAGCCCUCAGCAUUAAUGACGAUCCCAAGAUGCUGCACUCCUUGAAGACGGCCAAAAACCAGAGUGACCGUGAAUAUCGAAAAGACUAUGAAAAGUCAAAAACGAUCUAUACAGCACCUCUUGAUAUGCUCCAAGUCACUCAAGCUAAGAAAUCUCAGGCCAUUGCCAGUGACGUGGACUAUAAGCACCUCUUACAUGAUUAUAGCUACCCACCCGAUAGCGUCAAUGUGGACCUUGCCAAGAAGGCUUAUGCACUACAGAGUGAUGUCGAAUACAAAGCUGACUACAACAGCUGGAUGAAAGGUUGUGGCUGGGUGCCUUUUGGGUCCUUAGAAAUGGAGAAGGCGAAGCGAGCUUCAGACAUCCUUAACGAGAAAAAAUAUCGCCAACAUCCAGACACACUCAAGUUUACUUCAAUCGAAGAUGCUCCGAUUAUAGUACAGUCUAAAAUUAACCAGGCCCAGAGGAGUGAUAUUGCUUACAAAGCCAAAGGAGAGGAAAUUCUUCACAAGUACAACCUGCCCGCGGACCUGCCCCAGUUCCUGCAGGCUAAAGUGAAUGCCUACAAUAUCAGUGAGAAUAUGUACAAAGCGGACUUGAAAGACUUGAGCAAGAAGGGAUAUGACCUGAGAACUGAUGCGAUUCCCAUCAAAGCUGCCAAAGCCGCCAGGCAGGCAGCCAGUGAUGUUAAUUACAAAAAAGAUUAUGAAAAAGCUAAAGGGAAAAUGGUUGGCUUCCAAAGUCUCCAAGAUGAUCCUAAACUAGUUCAUUAUAUGCAUGUGGCCAAGAUGCAGUCGGACCGGGAGUAUAAAAAAGACUAUGAGAAGGCAAAGACCAAAUACAAUACACCCCAUGACAUGUUCAAUGUCGUGGCAGCCAAGAAAGCUCAGGAUGUUGUCAGCAAUGUCAACUAUAAGCAUCCUCUCCAUCACUACACCUACCUGCCUGAUGCCAUGGACCUGGAGUUGUCUAAAAACAUGAUGCACAUACGGAGUGAUAAUGCUUACAAGGAAGACUACAACACCUGGAUGAAAGGCAUUGGCUGGAUACCUAUCGGUAGCCUUGAAGUAGAAAAAGUUAAAAAGGCGGGAGAUGCCCUGAAUGAAAAGAAAUACAGGCAACAUCCAGACACACUCAAAUUUACCAGCAUCGUGGACUCCCCGGUUAUGGUCCAGGCAAAACAGAACACGAAGCAAAUCAGUGAUAUCUUAUACAAAGCGAAAGGAGAAGAUGUGAAACAUAAGUACACUAUGAGUCCUGACCUUCCUCAGUUUCUCCAAGCCAAGUGCAAUGCUUACAAUAUAAGUGAUGUCUGUUAUAAACGGGAUUGGCAUGAUUUAAUAGCCAAGGGCAACAAUGUGCUGGCCGACGCUAUUCCCAUCACUGCGGCCAAGUCAUCGAGAAACAUUGCCAGCGACUAUAAAUACAAGGAAGCUUAUGAGAAGUCAAAGGGAAAGCACGUGGGUUUCCGAAGCCUCCAGGAUGAUCCCAAGCUGGUGCACUAUAUGAACGUGGCAAAGCUGCAGUCAGAUCGUGAAUACAAAAAGAACUAUGAGAACACCAAAACCAGCUACCAUACCCCGGGGGAUAUGGUUAGCAUUACAGCUGCAAAGAUGGCUCAGGAUGUUGCCACCAAUGUCAACUACAAACAGCCUUUACAUCAUUACACAUACCUGCCUGACGCUAUGAGUCUCGAGCAUACGAGGAAUGUGAAUCAAAUUCAAAGUGAUAAUGUAUAUAAAGAUGAGUAUAACAGCUUCCUCAAGGGCAUUGGUUGGAUCCCUAUUGGUUCUUUGGAUGCUGAGAAGGCCAAGAAAGCAGGCGAAGCAUUAAAUGAGAGGAAGUAUCGACAACACCCAGAUACCAUCAAGUUCACAAGCGUGCCUGAUUCCAUGGGCAUGGUCUUGGCUCAGCACAACACGAAGCAGCUAAGUGAUUUGAACUACAAGGUGGAGGGGGAGAAACUGAAGCACAAGUACACUAUAGACCCCGAACUGCCUCAGUUUAUUCAAGCCAAGGUCAACGCCUUCAACCUGAGUGACGCUCAUUAUAAAGCAGACUGGAAGAAAACCCUUGCUAAGGGCUAUGAUUUGAGACCAGAUGCCAUUCCCAUUGUUGCCGCAAAGAGUUCAAGGAAUAUUGCUAGUGAUUGCAAAUAUAAGGAGGGUUAUGAGAAAGCCAGAGGCAAGCAAAUUGGAUUUCUCAGUCUUCAAGAUGAUCCUAAACUGGUGCACUAUAUGAAUGUGGCCAAAAUGCAGUCUGAUCGUGAGUACAAAAAGGGCUACGAAGCCAGCAAGACCAGGUACCACACACCUUUAGAUAUGUUCAGUGUGACCGCUGCAAAGAAAUCGCAGGAGGCUGCUACCAAUACCAACUACAGACAGCCCUACCACCACUACACUCUCCUGCCCGACGCCUUGAACGUGGAGCACUCCAGGAACGCCAUGCAGAUUCAGAGCGAUAAUCUAUACAAAUCUGACUUCACCAACUGGAUGAAAGGGAUCGGCUGGGUCCCAAUAGAAUCCCUGGAGGUGGAGAAGGCAAAGAAAGCAGGGGAGAUUCUCAGUGAGAAGAAGUAUCGCCAGCACCCCGAGAAGCUGAAGUUCACAUACGCCAUGGACACAAUGGAACAGGCACUUAACAAAAGUAACAAACUGAAUAUGGAUAAGAGGCUCUACACUGAAAAAUGGAACAAAGACAAGACCACCAUUCACGUCAUGCCUGAUACUCCAGAUAUUUUACUCUCCAGAGUAAACCAAAUCACCAUGAGUGAUAAACUGUACAAAGCUGGCUGGGAAGAAGAAAAGAAGAAAGGAUAUGACCUGCGGUCUGAUGCCAUCCCAAUAAAGGCUGCAAAAGCCUCUAGAGACAUUGCCAGCGAUUACAAAUACAAGCAAGGCUAUGAACGAGCCAAAGGGAAACACAUUGGCUUCCGGAGCCUGGAGGAUGACCCCAAGUUGGUGCACUUCAUGCAGGUGGCCAAGAUGCAGUCAGACCGGGAAUACAAGAAGGGAUAUGAGAAAUCCAAGACAUACUUCCACACCCCAGUGGACAUGUUGAGUGUGGUGGCAGCCAAGAAGUCUCAGGAAGUGGCCACCAACACCAAUUACAGGAAUGUGAUCCACUCCUACAACAUGCUUCCUGAUGCCAUGAGCUUUGAAUUGGCCAAAAAUAUGAUGCAGAUUCAAAGUGAUAAUCAGUACAAAGCUGACUAUGCUGACUUCAUGAAGGGCAUUGGAUGGCUCCCUCUGGGCUCCCUGGAAGCUGAGAAAAACAAGAAAGCCAUGGAGAUUAUUAGCGAAAAGAAGUACCGCCAGCACCCAGACACUUUGAAGUAUUCCACACUGAUGGACUCUAUGAACAUGGUUUUGGCCCAGAAUAAUGCCAAAAUUCUGAAUGAACACCUCUACAAACAAGCAUGGGAGGCUGACAAGACCAAAGUCCACAUCAUGCCUGACAUCCCUGAGAUUAUCUUGGCAAAGGCAAAUGCGAUUAAUAUGAGUGACAAACUCUACAAACUUUCUCUGGAAGAGUCUAAAAAGAAAGGCUAUGAUCUCAGAACUGAUGCCAUUCCCAUACAAGCUGCCAAGGCUUCAAGAGACAUUGCAAGUGAUUAUAAAUACAAGUACAAUUAUGAAAAGCAGAAGGGAAGAAUGGUUGGUUUCCGCAGUCUUGAGGAUGAUCCCAAGUUAGUUCAUUCCAUGCAAGUGGCUAAGAUGCAAUCUGAUCGGGAGUACAAGAAAAACUAUGAGAAGACAAAGACCAGCUACCACACCCCUGCCGACAUGCUCAGUGUCACAGCCGCCAAGGAUGCCCAAGCCAACAUCACCAACACUAACUACAAACACCUGAUUCACAAGUACAUCCUCCUUCCAGAUGCAAUGAACAUUGAGCUGAGCAGGAACAUGGGACACAUACAGAGCGAUAACGAAUAUAAGCAGGACUACAAUGAAUGGUACAAAGGGCUUGGCUGGAGUCCAGCUGGUUCCCUGGAAGUUGAAAAGGCCAAGAAAGCAACUGAGUAUGCCAGUGAUCAGAAAUACCGCCAGCACCCUAGCAACUUCCAGUUUAAGAAGCUGACUGAUUCCAUGGACAUGGUGCUUGCCAAGCAGAAUGCUCUUACCAUGAACAAGCAUUUAUACACCAUUGAUUGGAAUAAAGAUAAGACCAAGGUUCAUGUGAUGCCUGAUACACCAGAUAUUUUACAAGCCAAGCAGAAUCAAACACUAUAUAGUCAGAAAUUCUAUAAACUUGGUUGGGAAGAAGCUUUGAAGAAAGGCUAUGAUCUCCCAGUUGAUGCAAUUUCUGUACAGCAGGCCAAAGCCUCAACAGAGAUUGCCAGUGAUUUUAAAUACAAACAAGGCUACCAAAAGCAACUUGGCCACCAUAUUGGAUUCCGGAGUGUACAAGAUGACCCAAAGCUUGUGUUGUCCAUGAAUGUAGCCAAAAUGCAGAGUGAAAGAGAAUAUAAGAAGGACUUCGAGAAGUGGAAAACCAAGUUCAGCAGCCCAGUGGACAUGUUGGGAGUGGUACUGGCUAAGAAAUGUCAGGCUUUGGUUAGUGAUGUGGACUACAAGAACUAUUUACAUCAAUGGACAUGUCUGCCUGAUCAGAAUGAUGUUAUUCAUGCCAAAAAAGCUUAUGAACUACAAAGUGAGAAUAUUUAUAAGUCUGACCUUGAGUGGCUGAAAGGGAUAGGAUGGAGUCCUCUUGGUUCUUUGGAGGCAGAAAAGAACAAGCGGUCUUCAGAAAUCAUCAGUGAGAAGAAAUAUCGUCAGCCUCCAGACAAAAACAAGUUCACCAGCAUUCCCGAUGCCAUGGACAUAGUUCUGGCAAAGACAAAUGCCAAAAAUAGGAGUGAUAGACUUUAUAGAGAAGCUUGGGACAAGGACAAGACUCAAAUCCAUAUCAUGCCUGAUACACCUGACAUUAUUCUGGCUAAAGCAAACUUAAUCAAUAUAAGUGAUAAACUCUACCGAAUGGGUUAUGAGGAGCUGAAGAAAAAAGGUUACGAUCUUCCUGUUGAUGCCAUACCAAUUAAAGCAGCAAAAGCCUCCAGGGAAAUAGCCAGUGAGUACAAGUACAAAGAAGGCUUUCGCAAGCAACUUGGCCACCACAUUGGAGCCCGGGACAUUAAGGACGACCCCAAGAUGAUGUGGUCCAUGCAUGUGGCCAAGAUCCAGAGUGACAGAGAAUACAAGAAGGACUUUGAGAAAUGGAAGACCAAGUUCAGCAGCCCAGUGGACAUGCUGGGGGUGGUGCUGGCCAAGAAGUGCCAGACCUUAGUCAGUGACAUAGACUACAAGAACUACCUGCACCAGUGGACGUGUCUGCCCGACCAGAGUGACGUCAUCCACGCUCGGCAGGCCUAUGACCUCCAGAGCGACAAUUUGUACAAGGCUGAUCUUCAGUGGCUAAGAGGCAUUGGCUGGAUGCCCAGUGGGUCUCUUGAGGACGAGAAGAACAAAAGAGCAACCCAGAUUUUGAGUGACCACAUUUACCGUCAGCACCCAGAUAAUUUCAAGUUUUCCAGCCUUAUGGACUCCAUACCAAUGGUUCUGGCAAAAAACAAUGCUAUUACCAUGAACCAUCGCCUCUAUACAGAAGCUUGGGAUAAAGAUAAAACCAGUGUCCACAUUAUGCCAGACACCCCUGAGGUUUUACUAGCUAAACAAAACAAAAUAAAUUACAGUGAGAAACUAUAUAAACUUGGUCUAGAAGAAGCCAAGAAGAAAGGCUAUGAUAUGCGGUUAGAUGCUAUUCCUAUCCAGGCAGCCAAGGCCUCCAGAGAUAUUGCAAGUGAAUUCAAGUAUAAAGAAGGCUAUCGAAAGCAGCUUGGCCACCACAUUGGGGCCCGAGCUAUCCGUGAUGAUCCCAAGAUGAUGUGGUCCAUGCACGUGGCCAAGAUCCAAAGUGACAGAGAGUACAAGAAGGACUUUGAGAAAUGGAAGACCAAGUUCAGCAGCCCAGUGGACAUGCUGGGGGUGGUGCUGGCCAAGAAGUGCCAGACCUUGGUCAGCGACAUAGACUACAAGAACUACCUGCACGAGUGGACGUGUCUGCCCGACCAGAGUGACGUCAUCCAUGCUCGGCAGGCCUAUGACCUCCAGAGUGACAAUAUUUACAAGUCAGAUCUCCAAUGGCUGAGAGGCAUUGGCUGGGUGCCCAUUGGCUCUUUGGAAGUGGAAAAAUGCAAAAAGGCAACUGAAAUUUUGAGUGAUAAAAUCUACCGCGAGCCUCCAGACAAAUUCAAAUUUACCAGUGUGACUGAUUCUCUGGAACAAGUGUUGGCCAAAAAUAAUGCCAUCACUAUGAACAAGCGUUUAUACACAGAAGCCUGGGACAAAGACAAGACCCAGAUCCACAUAAUGCCAGACACACCAGAAAUUAUGUUGGCAAGAAUGAACAAAAUCAACUAUAGUGAGAGUCUGUAUAAACUCGCCAACGAAGAAGCAAAGAAGAAAGGCUAUGACUUGCGGAGUGAUGCCAUCCCCAUUGUGGCGGCCAAGGCCUCCAGGGACAUCAUCAGUGACUAUAAAUACAAAGAUGGUUACCGCAAGCAGCUUGGCCACCACAUUGGAGCCCGGGACAUUAAGGACGACCCCAAGAUGAUGUGGUCCAUGCACGUGGCCAAGAUCCAGAGUGACAGAGAGUACAAGAAGGACUUUGAGAAGUGGAAAACCAAGUUCAGCAGCCCAGUGGACAUGCUGGGGGUGGUGCUGGCCAAGAAGUGCCAGACCUUAGUCAGUGACAUAGACUACAAGAACUACCUGCACGAGUGGACGUGUCUGCCCGACCAGAGCGAUGUCAUCCACGCUCGGCAGGCCUAUGACCUCCAGAGUGACAAUAUUUACAAGUCAGAUCUCCAGUGGCUGAGAGGCAUUGGCUGGGUCCCCAUCGGGUCUGUGGAUGUGGUCAAGUGCAAGAGAGCUGCAGAGAUACUGAGUGAUAACAUCUACCGCCAGCCUCCAGACAAGCUGAAGUUUACGAGUGUGCCGGAUUCCCUGGAACAGGUGCUGGCCAAGAACAACGCCAUCACCAUGAACAAGCGUUUAUACACAGAGGCUUGGGACAAAGACAAGACUCAAAUUCAUAUAAUGCCUGAUACGCCCGAGAUCAUGCUGGCAAGGCAGAACAAAAUCAACUACAGUGAGAGUCUGUAUAAACUUGCCAAUGAAGAAGCAAAAAAGAAAGGCUAUGACUUGCGAAUCGAUGCCAUCCCCAUCGUGGCAGCCAAGGCCUCCAGGGACAUCGCCAGUGACUAUAAAUACAAAGAUGGUUACCGCAAGCAGCUUGGCCACCACAUUGGAGCCCGGGACAUUAAGGACGACCCCAAGAUGAUGUGGUCCAUGCAUGCAGCCAAGAUUCAGAGUGACAGGGAGUACAAGAAGGACUUUGAGAAGUGGAAAACCAAGUUCAGCAGCCCAGUGGACAUGCUGGGGGUGGUGCAGGCCAAGAAGUGUCAGAUCCUAGUUAGUGACAUAGACUAUAAGAACUACCUGCACGAGUGGACGUGCCUGCCUGACCAGAGUGACGUCAUCCACGCUCGGCAGGCCUAUGACCUCCAGAGCGACAAUAUUUACAAGUCAGAUCUCCAGUGGCUGAGAGGCAUUGGCUGGGUCCCCAUUGGGUCUGUGGACGUGGUCAAGUGCAAGAGAGCUGCAGAGAUACUGAGUGAUAACAUUUACCGCCAACCUCCAGACAAGCUGAAGUUUACUAGUGUGCCAGAUACCUUGGAACAGGUGCUGGCCAAGAAUAACGCCAUCACCAUGAACAAGCGAUUAUACACAGAAGCCUGGGAUAAAGAGAAAACUCAAGUCCAUAUUAUGCCUGACACACCUGAAAUUAUGUUAGCAAGACAAAAUAAAAUAAACUAUAGUGAGAAUAUCUAUCGCCAGGCCAUGGAAGAAGCCAAGAAAGAAGGCUAUGACUUGAGAAGUGACGCCAUUCCCAUUGUGGCUGCCAAGGCCUCCCGGGAUAUUGCCAGUGAUUACAAAUACAAAGAAGCUUAUCGUAAGCAGUUGGGUCACCACAUUGGUGCCCGAGCAGUACAUGAUGACCCCAAGAUUAUGUGGUCCCUUCACAUUGCCAAAGUGCAGAGUGACCGCGAGUACAAGAAAGAAUUUGAGAAAUACAAGACAAGGUACAGCAGCCCAGUGGACAUGCUUGGUAUUGUUUUGGCCAAGAAAUGUCAGACCUUGGUCAGUGAUGUGGACUAUAAACAUUUUCUGCAUGACUGGAUCUGCCUACCUGACCAGAAUGAUGUCAUUCAGGCACGGAAAGCUUAUGACCUCCAAAGUGACAAUUUGUAUAAGUCAGACCGUGAAUGGAUGAAAGGCAUUGGCUGGGUUCCAAUUGGUUCAGUGGAAGUUGUUAAAGCCAAGAGGGCCACAGAGAUACUGAGUGAUAGUAUCUACCGCCAGCGUCCAGACGCACUCAAAUUCACCAGUAUAACUGACACUCCAGAGCAAGUGCUGGCAAAGAGCAAUGCAUUAAACAUGAGUAAGCGUUUAUAUACUGAAGCCUGGGACAAUGACAAGAAAACAGUUCAUGUCAUGCCUGAUACACCAGAAAUCAUGUUAGCCAAACUCAACCAAAGAAACUACAGUGAUAAACUCUAUAAACUUGCUUUGGAAGAGUCCCGGAAGGAGGGCUAUGACUUACGUUUGGAUGCCAUCCCAAUCCAAGCAGCCAAGGCUUCAAGAGAUAUUGCUAGUGAUUACAAGUACAAGGAAGGCUACCGCAAGCAGCUUGGCCACCACAUUGGGGCCCGGAACAUUCAGGACGACCCCAAGAUGAUGUGGUCCAUCCAUGCAGCCAAGAUCCAGAGUGACAGAGAGUACAAGAAGGACUUUGAGAAGUGGAAGACCAAGUUCAGCAGCCCCGUGGACAUGCUGGCGGUGGUGCAGGCCAAGCAGUGUCAGAUCCUAGUCAGUGAUGUAGACUACAAGCAUCCCCUACAUGAAUGGACCUGCCUGCCCGAUCAGAAUGACGUCAUUCAGGCUCGGAAGGCCUAUGACCUGCAGAGUGAUGCUAUUUACAAGGCUGAUCUUGAGUGGCUGAGAGGCAUUGGAUGGGUUCCUAUUGAUUCUAUAGAGGUCAAGAAGGUGAAGAGAGCUGGAGAAAUCCUGAGUGAGAGAAAGUACCGCCAGCCUGCAGACCAGCUCAAAUUCACAUGUAUUACAGACACCCCAGAAAUUGUUCUGGCAAAGAAUAAUGCCCUGACAAUGAGCAAGCACUUAUAUACAGAAGCUUGGGAUGCCGACAAAACCUCCAUUCAUGUGAUGCCAGACACCCCAGAAAUCAUCCUGGCCAAGAGCAAUUCUGCCAACAUCAGCCAAAAACUUUACACCAAAGGAUGGGAUGAAUCAAAGAUGAAGGACUAUGAUCUGAGAGCAGAUGCUAUUCCCAUCAAAAGUGCCAAGGCCUCCAGGGAUAUCGCCAGUGACUACAAAUACAAGGAAGCAUAUGAGAAACAAAAAGGCCAUCACAUUGGAGCCCAGAGUGUUGAAGAUGAUCCCAAGAUUAUGUGUGCCAUACAUGCAGGGAAGAUUCAAAGUGAAAGGGAAUACAAGAAGGAAUUCCAGAAGUGGAAGACCAAGUUCACUAGUCCAGUGGACAUGCUAGGCAUCUUGCUGGCUAAGAAAUGUCAGACUCUGGUCAGUGACAUUGAUUAUCGCAAUUACCUGCAUCACUGGACAUGCUUACCUGAUCAAAAUGACGUUAUCCAAGCAAGGAAGGCCUAUGAAUUGCAGAGUGAUAAUGUGUAUAAAGCAGACCUUGAAUGGCUGCGUGGCAUUGGCUGGAUGCCAGAAGGCUCUGUAGAAAUGACCAGAGUGAAGAAUGCUCAAGACCUCCUGAAUGAUAGACUGUAUAGAAUGCGCCCAGAAGCUUUGAAAUUCACUUCCAUCGUUGACACUCCAGAAGUUGUCCUUGCAAAAGCCAAUUCUCUGCAAAUAAGUGAGAAACUGUAUCAAGAAGCCUGGAACAGAGAUAAAGCCAACGUCAGCAUGCCUUCAGAUACUCCGGCCUUGCUGCAGGCCCAGAUCAAUGCCUUGCAAAUCAGCAAUAAACUCUAUCAAAAAGACUGGAAUGAGGCCAAGCAGAAAGUCUAUGACAUCAGAGCAGAUGCCAUUGAAAUCACACACGCCAAAGCCUCCAGAGAGAUUGCCAGUGAGUACAAAUACAAAGAAGGUUAUCGUAAGCAACUAGGCCACCACGUGGGUUUCCGCACUCUACAAGAUGACCCCAAAUUGGUGUGGUCUAUACAUGCUGCCAAAAUCCAGAGUGACAGAGAAUACAAGAAAGCUUAUGAGAAGUCUAAAGGAAUUUAUAAUACACCAUUGGACAUGAUGUCAAUUGUUCAAGCGAAGAAAUGCCAGGUCCUGGUCAGCGACAUUGAUUAUCGCAAUUAUUUGCACCAGUGGAUAUGCCUGCCAGAUCAGAAUGAUGUGAUCCAGGCUAAGAAAGCCUACGAACUGCAGAGCGAUAACUUAUACAAAUCAGACCUGGAAUGGUUGAAGGGUAUCGGAUGGUUGCCAGAAGGUUCUGUGGAAGUGAUGAGAGUGAAGAAUGCCCAGAAUCUCUUGAAUGAAAGGUUGUAUCGUAUAAGGCCUGAGGCCCUCAAAUUUACCAGCAUUGUUGAUACCCCAGAAGUAGUCCGGGCGAAGAUCAAUGCUGUACAGAUCAGUGAGCCAUUGUAUCGCGAUGCCUGGGAAAAGGAGAAGGCCAACGUGACUAUCCCAGUUGACACUCCACUGAUGCUGCAGUCCAAAAUCAAUGCUCUACAGAUCAGCGAUAAACACUAUCAGCAAGCUUGGGAAGACGUCAAGAUGACUGGUUAUGACCUGCGAGCAGAUGCCAUUGGAAUCCAGCAUGCCAAGGCUUCCAGGGAUAUUGCCAGUGAUUAUCUGUACAAAACUGCUUAUGAGAAACAGAAAGGCCAUUAUAUUGGAUGUCGCAGUGCCAAGGAAGACCCUAAACUGGUUUGGGCAGCAAAUGUGCUGAAGAUGCAAAAUGACAGACUAUAUAAAAAGGGCUACAACGACCACAAGGCCAAAAUCUCCAUCCCGCCAGACAUGGUAUCUAUCAACGCCGCCAAAGAAGGCCAGGCAUUAGCCAGCAACGUGGACUAUCGCCAGUACCUGCACCAGUGGUCUUGCUUUCCCGACCAGAAUGAUGUGAUCCAAGCCAGGAAAGCCUACGACCUUCAGAGCGACGCCAUCUACAAGGCUGACUUGGAGUGGCUGCGUGGCAUUGGCUGGAUGCCUGAAGGGUCUCCUGAAGUACUGAGAGUCAAAAAUGCCCAGGAGAUCCUGAGCGACAGCAUCUAUCGGACACCUGUGGUGAAACUGAAGUACACAAGCAUUGUUGACACACCUGACGUUGUCCUUGCUAAAUCAAAUGCUGAAAAUAUCAGUAUUCCAAAGUACAGAGAAGUUUGGGACAAGGAUAAAACUUCAGUCCACAUAAUGCCAGAUACUCCAGAAAUUAAUCUCGCUAGAGCAAACGCUCUUAAUGUGAGCAAUAAACUUUACCGCGAGGGCUGGGAUGAGAUGAAGAUGAGCUGUGAUGUGCGCCUGGACGCCAUCCCCAUCCAGGCUGCCAAGGCCUCCAGGGAGAUUGCAAGUGAUUACAAAUACAAGCUGGACCACGAGAAGCAGAAGGGACACUAUGUGGGCACCCUCACAGCCAGGGAUGACAACAAGAUCCGGUGGGCCCUCAUUGCUGGCAAGAUCCAGAAUGAAAGAGAGUAUCGGCUGCACUGGGCCAAAUGGAAGACCAAGUUCCAGAGCCCUGUGGAUAUGCUUUCUAUCUUGCAUGCUAAAAACUGCCAGACCCUGGUCAGCGACAUUGAUUAUCGCAAUUACCUACACCAGUGGAUAUGCCUACCUGACCAGAACGAUGUGAUUCAGGCCAAGAAAGCCUACGAACUGCAGAGUGAUAACUUGUACAAAUCAGACCUGGAAUGGUUGAAGGGUAUCGGAUGGUUGCCAGAAGGUUCUGUGGAAGUGAUGAGAGUGAAGAAUGCCCAGAAUCUCUUGAAUGAAAGGUUGUAUCGUAUAAGGCCUGAGGCCCUCAAAUUUACCAGCAUUGUUGAUACCCCAGAAGUAGUCCGGGCGAAGAUCAAUGCUGUACAGAUCAGUGAGCCAUUGUAUCGCGAUGCCUGGGAAAAGGAGAAGGCCAAUGUGACUAUCCCAGUCGACACUCCACUGAUGCUGCAGUCCAAAAUCAAUGCUCUACAGAUCAGCGAUAAACACUAUCAGCAAGCUUGGGAAGACGUCAAGAUGACUGGUUAUGACCUGCGAGCAGAUGCCAUUGGAAUCCAGCAUGCCAAGGCUUCCAGGGAUAUUGCCAGUGAUUAUCUGUACAAAACUGCUUAUGAGAAACAGAAAGGCCAUUACAUUGGAUGUCGCAGUGCCAAGGAAGACCCUAAACUGGUUUGGGCAGCAAAUGUGCUGAAGAUGCAAAAUGACAGGCUAUAUAAAAAGGGCUACAACGACCACAAGGCCAAAAUCUCCAUCCCACCAGACAUGGUAUCUAUCAACGCCGCCAAAGAAGGCCAGGCAUUAGCCAGCAACGUGGACUAUCGCCAGUACCUGCACCAGUGGUCUUGCUUUCCCGACCAGAAUGAUGUGAUCCAAGCCAGGAAAGCCUACGACCUUCAGAGCGACGCCAUCUACAAGGCUGACUUGGAGUGGCUGCGUGGCAUUGGCUGGAUGCCUGAAGGGUCUCCUGAAGUACUGAGAGUCAAAAAUGCCCAGGAGAUCCUGAGCGACAGCAUCUAUCGGACACCUGUGGUGAAACUGAAGUACACAAGCAUUGUUGACACACCUGACGUUGUCCUUGCUAAAUCAAAUGCUGAAAAUAUCAGUAUUCCAAAGUACAGAGAAGUUUGGGACAAGGAUAAAACUUCAGUCCACAUAAUGCCAGAUACUCCAGAAAUUAAUCUCGCUAGAGCAAACGCUCUUAAUGUGAGCAAUAAACUUUACCGCGAGGGCUGGGAUGAGAUGAAGAUGAGCUGUGAUGUGCGCCUGGACGCCAUCCCCAUCCAGGCUGCCAAGGCCUCCAGGGAGAUUGCAAGUGAUUACAAAUACAAGCUGGACCACGAGAAGCAGAAGGGACACUAUGUGGGCACCCUCACAGCCAGGGAUGACAACAAGAUCCGGUGGGCCCUCAUUGCUGGCAAGAUCCAGAAUGAAAGAGAGUAUCGGCUGCACUGGGCCAAAUGGAAGACCAAGUUCCAGAGCCCUGUGGAUAUGCUUUCUAUCUUGCAUGCUAAAAACUGCCAGACCCUGGUCAGCGACAUUGAUUAUCGCAAUUACCUACACCAGUGGAUAUGCCUACCUGACCAGAACGAUGUGAUUCAGGCCAAGAAAGCCUACGAACUGCAGAGCGAUGCAAUUUACAAAGCUGACUUGGAAUGGUUACGUGGGAUUGGGUGGAUGCCAAAUGAUUCUGUUUCCGUCAACCAUGCCAAACAUGCUGCAGAUAUCUUCAGUGAGAAAAAAUAUCGCACAAAAAUAGAAACUCUCAACUUUACUCCUGUGGAUGACAGAGUUGAUUAUGUGACAGCUAAACAAAGUGGUGAGAUCCUCAAUGAUAUUAAAUACAGGAAAGAUUGGAAUGCCACUAAAUCAAAGUACACCCUCACAGAAACUCCCCUACUGCACACUGCCCAGGAGGCUGCCCGGAUACUGGACCAGUACCUCUACAAGGAAGGAUGGGAGAAGCAAAAAGCCACAGGUUACAUUUUGCCCCCGGAUGCCGUGCCAUUUGUCCACGCCCAUCACUCUGGUGAUGUUCAGAGCGAGCUGAAAUACAAAGCUGAAUAUGUAAAGCAAAAAGGUCACUAUGUUGGUGUCCCAACAAUGAGAGAUGAUCCUCACCUGGUUUGGUUUGAGCAUGCAGGCCAGAUUCAGAAUGACAGACUAUACAAAGAGAACUAUCACAAAACGAAGGCCAAAAUCAACAUACCUGGUGAUACCGUGUCAGUCUUGGCUGCCAAGCAAGGGCAGUCCCUUGUCAGUGAUAUUGAUUACCGUAAUUACCUGCACGAAUGGAUUUGUCAUCCUGACCAAAAUGAUGUUAUUCAGGCAAAGAAGGCCUAUAACCUACAGAGUGAUAUUGUCUACAAAUCUGACCUGGAGUGGCUCCGAGGCAUUGGCUGGAUCCCUCUGGAUUCUGUGGACCAUGUGAGGGUUACCAGGAACCAGGAUAUGGUGAAUCAGAUAAAGUAUAAGAAAGAUGCUCUUGACAACUAUCCUAACUUUACAAGUGUGGUGGAUCCUCCAGAGAUUGUUUUGGCCAAGAUUAACUCAGUCAAUCAAAGUGAUGUAAAAUAUAAAGAAACAUUUAAUAAAGCCAAGGGCAAGUAUACGUUUUCCCCAGAUACACCACACAUCUCACACUCCAAAGACAUGGGAAAACUCUACAGUACUAUACUGUACAAGGGGGCGUGGGAGGGAACCAAGGCCUAUGGCUACACCCUGGAUGAGCGCUAUAUUCCCAUUGUUGGAGCCAAGCAUGCUGAUCUGGUGAACAGUGAGCUUAAAUACAAAGAGACAUAUGAGAAGCAGAAAGGUCACUACCUGGCUGGAAAAGUGAUCAGUGAGUUCCCUGGCGUGGUUCACUGUCUGGAUUUCCAAAAGAUGAGGAGUGCGUUGAACUACAGAAAAAAUUAUGAGGACACCAAAGCAAAUGUUCAUAUUCCCAACGAUAUGAUGAAUCACGUGCUGGCUAAACACUGCCAAUACAUCCUCAGUGACCUGGAGUAUCAACACUACUUUCACCAGUGGACAUCUCUUCCGGAAGAACCCAAUGUUUUACGUGUCCGACAUGCCCAGGAGAUCUUAAGUGAUAAUGUGUAUAAAGAUGACUUGAAUUGGUUGAAAGGCAUUGGUUGCUAUGUUUGGGAUACACCCCAGAUCCUCCAUGCCAAGAAAUCAUAUGACCUCCAGAGUCAGCUACAAUACACAGCAGCAGGUAAAGAAAACCUACAGAACUAUAAUCUGGUCAUGGAUACGCCUCUUUACGUGACUGCUCUUCAAAGUGGCAUCAAUGCCAGUGAGGUGAAAUAUAAAGAAAAUUAUCAUCAGAUCAAGGACAAAUACACAACAGUUCUAGAAACAGUGGAUUAUGACAGAACCAAGAAUCUGAAGAAUCUUUAUAGCAGUAACCUGUACAAGGAGGCCUGGGACAAAGUGAAAGCCACUAGCUACAUCCUGCCUUCCAGCACCUUGUCCCUGACACACGCCAAGAACCAAAAGCAUCUGGCCAGCUAUACCAAAUAUCGGGAAGAAUAUGAAAAGUUCAAAGCUCUUUAUACUUUACCAAAAAGCGUUGAGGACGAUCCGAACACAGCACGUUGCCUCCGAGUUGGCAAGCUUAACAUCGAUCGCCUGUACAGAUCAGUUUAUGAAAAGAACAAGAUGAAAAUCCACAUCAUGCCUGACAUGGUGGAGAUGGUGACUGCCAAGGAUUCUCAGAAGAAAGUCAGUGAGAUCGACUACCGCCUGCACCUCCACGAGUGGAUCUGCCACCCCGACUUGCAAGUCAACAGUCACGUCAGGAAAGUGACAGAUCAGAUCAGCGACAUUGUGUACAAGGAUGACCUCAACUGGCUGAAAGGUAUUGGUUGCUACGUCUGGGACACUCCUGAAAUUCUCCAUGCCAAACAUGCUUAUGAUCUGCGCAACGAUAUCAAGUACAAAGCUCACGCACAGAAAACGAAGAAUGACUACAAGUUGGUCACAGAUACACCAGUCUACGUCCAGGCUGUCAAAAGCGGGAAACAGCUAAGUGACGCUGUCUAUCACUAUGACUAUGUGCACAGUGUCAGGGGCAAAGUGGCUCCAACUACGAAAACCGUGGAUCUGGACCGGGCCCUUCAUGCAUACAAGCUCCAGAGCGAGAAUCUAUACAAAACCAGCCUGCGCACCCUGCCAACUGGAUAUAGGCUUCCAGUUGAUACCCCUCACUUCAAACACAGCAAGGACAUCCGAUACAUGAGCAGUUAUUUCAAGUACAAAGAAGUCUAUGAACACAUCAAGGCAAAUGGGUAUACACUGGGCCCCAAUGACGUUCCGUUUGUCCACGUCCGAAGAGCCAACAAUGUUACCAGUGAGAGACUGUAUCGAGAAUUGUACCACAAACUAAAAGACAAGAUUCAUACAACUCCCGACACACCUGAAAUCCGCCAAGUCAAGAAGACACAAGAGGCUGUCAGUGAGUUGAUCUACAAAUCAGAUUUCUUCAAGAUGCAGGGCCACAUGAUCUCCUUACCAUACACACCCCAAGUGAUCCACUGCCGCUACGUAGGAGACAUCACCAGUGACCUUAAAUACAAAGAGGACUUACGGCUCCUGAGGGGAUUUGGCUGCUUUCUGUAUGACACUCCUGACAUGGUCCGCUCCCGGCACCUGCGGAAGCUCUGGUCUAAUUACCUGUACACUGAUCAUGCAAGGAAGAUGCGAGACAAGUACAAGGUGGUGCUUGACACUCCAGAAUACAGAAAAGUGCAGGAACUGAAGACACACCUGAGUGAGCUGGUGUACAGAGCUGCAGGCAAGAAGCAGAAGUCAAUUUUCACUUCAGUUCCUGAUACUCCUGAUCUUUUAAGAGCCAAGCGAGGGCAGAAGCUUCAGAGUCAGUAUCUGUAUGUUGAACUUGCCACCAAAGAGAGACCCCAUCAUCAUGCUGGAAAUCAGACCAAAGCCCUGAAGCAUGCUAAAGACGUGAAGGACAUGGUCAGUGAGACAAAGUACAAGAUUCAAUAUGAAAAGAUGAAGGACAAGUACACCCCGGUUCCAGACACGCCAAUCCUCAUCAGAGCCAAGAAGGCCUACUGGAACGCCAGUGAUCUACGCUACAAAGAAACAUUUCAAAAGACCAAAGGGAGGUACCACACUGUGAAGGAUGCUCUGGACAUUGUUUAUCAUCGCAAAGUCACAGAUGACGUCAGUAAAGUGAAAUACAAGGAGAACUACAUGAGCCAGCUGGGAAUCUGGAGGUCCAUUCCCGAUCGGCCGGAGCACUUCCACCACCGGGCAGUCACUGACGCAGUUAGUGAUGUAAAAUAUAAACAAGACUUGACCUGGCUUAAAGGCAUUGGUUGCUAUGCCUAUGAUACCCCUGACUUCACUCUGGCUGAAAAGAACAAGACCCUCUACAGCAAGUACAAAUAUAAAGAGGUAUUUGAAAGGACGAAGUCAGAUUUCAACUAUGUCGCUGACUGUCCAAUCAAUAGGCACUUCAAGUACGCAACUCAAUUGAUGAAUGAGAAAAAAUACAGAGCUGAUUAUGAGCAGCGGAAAGAUAAAUACCACCUGGUAGUCGAUGAGCCUAGACAUCUGCUGGCUAAGAUCGCAGGCGACCAAAUCAGUCAGAGAAAAUAUAAAUCUAGAGCCAAGAUACUUCUGCAACAAGGAUGUAAUGAAAUUCUGCGUCCAGAUAUGUUGAUGGCUCUCUACAAUACACACAUGUGGAGCCAGAUCAAGUACAGGGAAAACUAUGAAAAAUUAAAGGACAAAUUUACCUCAGUUGUGGACACUCCCGAACACCUGCGUACUACGAAAGUCAACAAACAAAUCAGUGACAUACUUUAUAAAUUGGAAUACAACAAAGCCAAACCCAGAGGCUACACCACAAUCCAUGACACGCCCAUGUUGCUGCAUGUCCGCAAGGUUAAAGAUGAAGUCAGCGAUCUUAAGUACAAAGAAGUUUACCAAAGAAAUAAAUCUAACUGCACCAUUAAGCCAGAUGCUGUUCAUAUCAAAGCAGCCAAGGACGCCUACAAAGUCAACACCAACCUGGACUACAAGAAGCAGUAUGAAGCCAACAAAGCCCACUGGAAGUGGAUCCCUGACCGACCGGACUUCAUCCAGGCCGCCAAGUCAUCCCUGCAGCAAAGUGAUUUUGAAUAUAAGCUGGAUCGAGAAUUCCUCAAGGGUUGCAAGCUUUCUGUCACUGAUGAUAAAGACAUGGUGCUGGCCCUCAGGAAUUCUUUAAUAGAAAGUGAGCUGAAAUACAAAGAGAAACAUGUCAAGGAAAGAGGAACCUGCUGUGCAGUGCCUGACACUCCUCAGAUCCUCCUGGCGAAGACUGUCAGCAAUCUGGUGUCCGAGAACAAGUACAAGGACUACGUGAAGAAACGCUUGGCCCAGGGCUCAUACACAACACUGCCAGAGACCCGGGACACUGUCCAUGUCAAGGAAGUGACCAAGCAUGUCAGUGAUACAAAUUACAAGAAGAAGUUUGUCAAGGAGAAAGGAAAAUCCGACUACUCCAUCAUGCUGGAGCCACCAGAAGUGAAACAUGCUAUGGAAGUGGCCAAGAAACAGAGUGAUGUUGCUUAUAGAAAAGAUGCCAAAGAAAACCUGCAUUACACCACAGUGGCUGAUCGGCCAGACAUCAAGAAAGCCACGCAGGCAGCCAAACAGGCCAGUGAGGUGGAGUACAGAGCCAAGCACCGCAAGGAAGGCAGCCAUGGGCUAAGCAUGCUGGGUCGCCCAGACAUCGAAAUGGCCAAGAAGGCAGCCAGACUGAGCAGCCAGGUUAAAUACCGAGAAAAUUUUGACAAAGAGAAGGGCAAGACGCCAAAAUUCAAUCCAAAAGACAGCCAGCUCUACAAAACCAUGAAAGAUGCUAAUAAUCUCGCAAGUGAGGUUAAAUAUAAGGCUGACCUGAAGAAACUUCACAAACCUGUGACUGACAUGAAGGAGUCUCUGAUAAUGAAUCACGUCCUGAGCACAAGCCAACUGGCCAGUUCUUACCAGUACAAGAAGAACUAUGAAAGGAGCAAAGGCCACUACCACACUAUACCCGAUAAUCUGGAGCAGCUGCACCUCAAAGAGGCCACAGAAUUACAGAGCAUAGUGAAAUACAAAGAAAAGUAUGAGAAGGAACGAGGAAAGCCCAUGUUGGACUUUGAAACACCAACGUACAUCACUGCCAAAGAGUCGCAGCAGAUGCAGAGCGGGAAAGAAUAUAGGAAAGAUUAUGAAGAGUCCAUUAAAGGCAGAAACCUGACUGGCCUGGAGAUCACGCCAGCUUUGUUACAUGUCAAAUAUGCAACCAAAAUAGCAAGCGAGAAAGAGUACAGGAAAGAUCUGGAGGAAAGCAUUCGUGGAAAGGGUCUCACUGAAAUGGAAGAUACACCUGACAUGCUAAGAGCAAAGAACGCCACUCAGAUCCUCAAUGAGAAAGAAUAUAAGCGAGACCUGGAGCUGGAAGUCAAAGGAAGAGGGCUGAAUGCCAUGGCCAAUGAAACUCCAGAUUUUCUGAGGGCCAGGAAUGCUACUGAUAUUGCAAGUCAGAUUAAAUAUAAGCAAUCAGCAGAAAUGGAAAAAGCCAAUUUCACUUCUGUGGUUGAUACUCCAGAGAUCAUUCAUGCCCAACAAGUCAAGAACCUUUCAAGUCAGAAAAAGUACAAGGAAGAUGCUGAGAAAUCCAUGUCAUAUUAUGAGACCGUUUUGGACACCCCAGAGAUGCAGAGAGUCCGGGAGAACCAAAAGAACUUCAGCCUUCUCCAAUACCAGUGUGACCUUAAAAACAGCAAAGGAAAAAUUACAGUUGUUCAAGACACGCCAGAAAUACUGCGUGUUAAAGAAAAUCAAAAGAAUUUCAGCUCGGUUUUAUAUAAAGAGGAUGUCUCACCAGGAACGGUGAUUGGGAAGACACCUGAGAUGACAAGAGUGAAGGAGACACAGGACCACAUUAGCUCGGUGAAGUAUAAGGAAGCAAUUGGACAGGGAACUCCAAUCCCCGACCUGCCUGAAGUGAAACGUGUCAAGGAGACCCAGAAACACAUUAGCUCGGUUAUGUACAAAGAAAACUUGGGAACAGGCAUUCCAACCACUGUCACUCCAGAGAUUGAGAGAGUCAAACGCAAUCAAGAGAACUUUAGCUCGGUUUUGUACAAAGAAAAUUUGGGGAAAGGAACCCCAACACCUGUCACUCCAGAGAUGGAGAGAGUCAAACGCAAUCAAGAGAACUUUAGCUCGAUAUUGUACAAAGAGAACUUGAGCAAGGGGACCCCCAUACCUGUGACUCCUGAGAUGGAACGAGUCAAACGCAAUCAAGAAAACUUUAGCUCGGUGUGGUAUAAAGAAAACCUCGGAAAAGGGAUUCCGAUCCCCAUCACUCCAGAGAUGGAGAGAGUCAAACACAAUCAAGAAAACUUUAGUUCGGUGCUAUACAAAGAAAACCUGGGGACAGGAAUUCCAAUCCCCAUCACUCCUGAGAUGCAGAGAGUCAAACACAAUCAAGAGAACCUUAGCUCGGUGUUAUACAAAGAAAACAUGGGCAAGGGAACCCCUUUACCUGUCACUCCAGAGAUGGAGAGAGUCAAACACAAUCAAGAAAAUAUUAGCUCGGUUUUGUACAAAGAAAAUGUGGGGAAAGGCACCCCAACCCCUGUCACUCCAGAGAUGCAGAGAGUCAAACGCAAUCAAGAAAACAUUAGCUCGGUGCUAUACAAAGAGAACCUGGGGAAAGCAACCCCCACACCCGUUACUCCUGAGAUGGAAAGAGUCAAACGCAAUCAAGAAAACUUUAGCUCGGUGCUAUACAAAGAGAACCUGGGGAAAGCGACCCCCACACCCUUUACUCCUGAGAUGGAAAGAGUCAAACGCAAUCAAGAAAACUUUAGCUCGGUGCUAUACAAAGAGAACCUGGGGAAAGCGACCCCCACACCCUUUACUCCUGAGAUGGAAAGAGUCAAACGCAAUCAAGAAAACUUUAGCUCGGUGCUAUACAAAGAGAACCUGGGGAAAGCGACCCCCACACCCUUUACUCCUGAGAUGGAAAGAGUCAAACGCAAUCAAGAAAACUUUAGCUCGGUACUGUACAAAGAGAAUAUGAGAAAAGCAACUCCAACACCUGUUACUCCAGAGAUGGAGAGAGCUAAGCGCAACCAAGAAAACAUUAGCUCGGUUCUUUAUUCGGAUAGCUUCCGGAAGCAAAUACAAGGCAAAGCCGCUUAUGUGUUGGACACCCCAGAGAUGCGUCGGGUGAGGGAAACCCAACGGCACAUCUCAACGGUGAAAUAUCACGAAGACUUCGAGAAACACAAGGGUUGCUUCACACCAGUGGUGACGGAUCCUAUUACUGAACGAGUAAAGAAGAACACACAGGACUUCAGUGACAUUAACUACCGAGGUAUUCAGAGGAAAGUGGUAGAAAUGGAACAAAAACGGAAUGACCAGGAUCAGGAGACUAUUACAGGUUUACGUGUCUGGCGUACCAAUCCUGGUUCAGUUUUUGACUAUGACCCUGCAGAAGACAACAUUCAAUCUCGCAGCUUACACAUGAUUAAUGUCCAAGCUCAGCGCCGGGGCCGGGAGCAGUCGCGAUCCGCCAGCGCGCUGAGCAUCAGUGGGGGCGAGGAGAAGUCUGAGCAUUCAGAAGCUGCCGACCACCACCUCUCCACCUACAGUGACGGGGGUGUCUUCUCUGCGACCUCACCAGCUUACAAACAUGCAAAAACCAUAGUGCUUCCACAACAACGAUCAUCUUCAGUUGCCACCCAACAGACAACGGUAUCUUCUAUCCCUUCUCAUCCAUCUACUGCUGGAAAAAUCUUCCGUGCCAUGUAUGACUACAUGGCUGCUGAUGCAGAUGAGGUGUCCUUCAAAGAUGGAGAUGCUAUUGUAAAUGUUCAAGCUAUUGAUGAAGGUUGGAUGUACGGUACUGUGCAGAGGACUGGCAGGACUGGCAUGCUCCCAGCCAACUACGUUGAAGCUAUUUAGGCACUUCAAAGCAUCACAACUGUAUGCACGACCUACAAAUCCUGCAGUCAAUAUUUCAGUUUAGACUCUCCACUAUUAUUCAAGUUCUCAAGCUGCCUAACGGUUUUUCUGUGUCUAUAUGAUUUAUGGUAGUACUGCCCCUUGUUUCUAUAUGAACCCAAAUAAUUCUCCAGUAAAACAAAUGUUGGUAUCACUAAUCUGUCCAGUUACUGAACUAGAUUUACAUUUUCAUUAUUUUCUGAACUUGCACAUAAAACUUGAGACACUAAGCCUAUAAGUUCUCUAUUUUAAAAACUGCCACUAUCAAAUUUUCCUUUGGAUUUAAAACAAUUUCAAUAUUAGGAUAGACAUUUUAAAAGCUUCUCUAAUGUUAUAUUAUUGCUGUAUCAACCCAGAGUCUUUCUCCAUAAAAAAUAUUUAACAUUAUUUCUUUUCUAAAACAGGGAUUCUGAACAUGCCAAACACAUUAAAGGAAAAAUGGCAGAGAUAUUCAUCUUUUCCUUACUUACUGAAUGCUAAUGCUUGUAUUUCUAAUCCAGAUAUGAAGUUAUAAAGCUGAUAGUCAAUAUAAACUGGUGAUAAUUGGUAGCUAAUAAAAUUGAUAAUUCUGCAACAAA